AGUGACGUCAUGUCGUCUAGCAGCGGCCUUCUAAAAGUAGAACAUCCCAGCAACAAUGGAACCGGGCUGGUACCGGGACGGUUAUCCCUCAGCAGUGACAACCUAGCGACCGGGAGCAGCCGUCUCGGCCAUGGGGAGCGUGGUGGCUCCCUCACACCGAACCUGCCGUCGAUGGAUCGACUCAGCGCUCCAAUUCUCACACGACGCAAGUUUAGCUUCCCUGCCAACCUACACUCAACAGCUUUGCUAGGAUUUCCGGAAAUUGGCCACCGUGAUGGUAUGGGUGGUGGUACAUCCCUGUCCGCCUCCAGCACUGGCCUAUCCGCACGGAGACGGCUCAGUAAUGUGAGUGAUGUGGUCACGCGAAAGCUCUCGAGUACGAUCGGCUGGAAGCAACCGGUACUACCCUCCCAGGACAUCAUCACACAGGGCAAAUGCUUGUGCGGCCAGUACAUCCGGUGUCGGUUGAAGCGAUCCGGUGUGUUUAAUCGUAAGCUAGGGCUACAGCGCAUCCGCAGUAUCGUCGGAACACCUUCGAUCCAUGUCGUGCGGGAAGUGUUUCCGGCCUUAUUGAGUGUGGGCGAGGAACUGGAAAGGAUGUAUCCACGCAUCUACAACGGCAUUGCACGGCAACUGACACGCUUCGGGCGCGGCGAGCUCAAAACACCCGAAACGGCUCCAGUACUCCUAAGUGCCAUUGCACGGGAUCUCUUCAAGGCGGACAUUACAUGGGGCAAGGUGGUAUCACUGUUUGCCAUCGCUGGCGGCCUUUCGGUGGAUUGCGUGCGGCAGGGACAUCCGGACUAUCUACCCAAGCUGGUCGAGGGUGUGGCGGACGUGAUUGAGGAUGAGCUAGUCACCUGGAUCUCAGAAAACGGUGGUUGGAUCGGUCUAGCGAACAAGGUGCGACCACCGCCGGAAGAGAUCACGUUCACCGUACGGUGUCUAGUAGGAGCAAGCUGUGUGAUAGGACUAUUUAUGUUUGUCUUUCUGUUAAAGACGCUAGGAUUGUAUUUAUUUCCAAAUAUAUUCUCUUAAUUUUGA